UCUUCUGCUGCUGCGGCUGCUGCUGCUUCUGCCUUCUCCUCUCGCCAUGUCUUCUUCUGCCGCCUCGAUCUUGUCAGAAGCCGAGGCGGCGGCGCUGCUGUGGGAGCGGGCCUGGUCCCUUGAGGAGGUCCGCGCGGGAAGCCAGGGCUGGUCCUUGGCCGCGGAUGCCGGGCUUUUGCAUUUUCUACAAGAGUUUUCCCAGCAAACAAUAUCUCGGACUCAUGAAAUCAAAAAGCAACUGGACAGACUGAUCCAUGAAACAAAAAGUACUGAUUGUCGCCUGCACAAUGUCUUCAAUGGCUUCCUCAUGCUUUCAAAUACACAGUUCAUUGAAAAUAGAGUGUAUGAUGAUGAAGUGGAGGAACCCAUACCUAGAAGCGAACUGGGGGACAAACCAGAACAGGAGAAGACCCGUGAGCAGAAGGAAAUUGAUUUGAUUCCCAAAAUCCAAGAAGCUGUGAAUUAUGGACUGCAGGUUCUUGACAGUGCCUUUGAACAGUUGGACAUCAAAGCGGGGAAUUCAGACUCUGAAGAAGAAGCAAAUGAAAGGGUAGAAUUAAUACUGGAGCCUAAGGAUCUUUACAUUGAGAGGCCUUUGCCAUAUUUAAUUGGCUCCCAGCUUUUCAUGGAGCAAGAUGAUGUUGGGCUUGGUGAUCUUUCCAGUGACGAAGGUUCAGUAGAUAGUGAUCGUGGGAGCAUGAUUGACAGUGAAGGAAAAGAUGAAGAGGAACUGGAAGAAUUUGGGGAUGGAAGUGAGGAUGAUCAGAGAGUGAAAGUAACAUUGAUAAGUGAUGAAGAAGAAGAUCUUUUUGGUGACUCUGAAAAGGGAGAAGAGGAUGAAGAGUGUGACUUAGAACAAAAUUCUCGAGUGAAAAACAAAAGGCCUACGUCAUUUACAGAUGAGCUUGCAACUCGUAUCAAGGGACCCAUGACAACUGAAUCAGAGGAAGAGCAAUUGUCAUAUACGAAAAGUAGGAGAAAUGUGGCUGAAAAGGAAGAUGUUUCAUCAGAUGAUGAUGAUAUAUUUAAGCCCCCCAAGUUGACUGAUGAAGAUUUCCUGCCACCUAAAGAAGGCCUCUUCGGUGGUGGGCUAGGACUUUUUGACAAUGAUGAGAGUGAUCUUUUUGCUGAAUUGCCAAAGGGGAAAGCCACAGUAGAGAAGGAAACUCCAUCCCCUAUAAAUGACGAGCCAUCAUCUAAAGCUGUAAGGAAAGUUCCUGCUGGAGCAGUUUCUCUCUUUCCAGGUGGAAACAAUGUAUUUAGCCCCUCAUUUCUAUUGGAGAAAGAAGAUAAGAAAUCGAUAGAACCAACUACAGAUAAAGCUCAAAAAUUUAAUGGAAGUGUUGGCCUGUUUGAUGAUGAAGACUUCGAGUCAACUAAUACAAAUUCAGUUUCAGGCAAGCCUACUACAACUGGUCUAUUUGAUGCUGAGCAGGAUCUUUUCAAAGAAAAAACUGUCGUCACCAACAUUGUAAAGAAUACUAAUACAGACAAUAAAGAUCCUACAGCAGGACACAAGAGUUUGCCAUCUUCUGCUGAGAAUGCUAAGCCUUUUGUCCAGGCACCUUCCAAAGACCAGAAAAGCCUUUUCUCUGAUGAGGAAGAUUCUGAAGAUUUGUUUUCUUCUCAUCAAACCAUAAAAACAAACAACUCACCUUUAUCAUCAAGCAAAGUGACAGCAAAAACAUCUCUGUCUUUAUUUGAUGAGGAAGAUGAAGAGGAUCUCUUUGGUUCUGCACCUAAGAUGCAAAAAUCAAGACCACACCAAGAGAAAGCAACCAGCUUACUCUUCAGCAGCGAUGAGGAGGACCAAUGGAACAAUUCUCAAGAGGUCAAUCCUCCCUCUGAAUUCAGCCAAAAGAAGAAAGCUACACAGCCUGCCUAUUCAGUCAGCCAUACAACUAAGAAGUGCCUCUUUGAGGAGGAAGGGGAGGAGGAUAUAUUUGCAAUCACUGAAGAGAGUAAAAAAAAAUCUCAAAAAGUGGCUCUUCUGUUUGAAGAUGAUGAUGGAAAUGGAGAUUCUCUCUUCAAAUUUCAGUCCUCACCUCAGUCUUCAGUAAUGGAACAUGCAGCUCAGGAAGAUUUUCUGGAAGUACCUCAGAAGAAACUGGCGGAAGAGAAGGCAGAAACGUUGGCUGAGCCUGAUACAUUGCAUGAUCUUGAACAAAGAGAUGUAAAAGGAAAGGAAAGGAAGGAACAACCAAUUUUGGAGAAAGAUACCAGGAGAAAAAAUAAAAGUGUAUUUAGUUUGCUCGAAGAAGAUGAAAGAAGUGAAGAUAUAAAUUCUAAUAAAAACACACAGAAAGAAACAAGAAAGUCUCCAGAUGAUAUAGUUUGUUCCAAAAGCACUGGCGUUUUCCAGGAUGAAGAACUUCUUUUCAGUCAUAAACUACAAAAAGACAAUGAUCCUGACGUUGAUCUUUUUGCCAGCAACAAAAAAGGGGUGUCAAAACCCAGAGUAAAGCUGCCAUCUGCAGGAGAUAUAUUUGCGACUGACAGUAAUGAUGGUGAAGACGGUCUUUUUAACUCUUCUGAAGCAAAGCCUUCGCCAUUGACAGUAAUCUCUCAUUCACCUUCCAAGGCAAAUUUGGAUAUCAACCCAACAGUUUUCCUGCCCUCUGGGACUUCGGGCAUGAAGCGAUUUGCAUCCUAUCCCAAGGCUUCAUGUUCUGAACCUCAUGGCAUACAGCAUGGCAAAAUAGCCUCUGUUGUAAAGAGCAAAGAUGAAACAGGAGUCAGCUUUGACAGCCCUAUGCAAGCAGACACCUUGCAAAAUACCAACAAGGACAGGAUCAAGGUGAGUGGGAAACGAAGACCACCUUCCAGAAUGGCCAGGAGACUAGCUGCUCAAGAGUCCAUCAAUAAUGAAACAGUUGGUGCUGAGUAUCUAUCUCCACCUCUCUUAAAGGAGAACUCUGUACCAUCAGGUUUAAAGUAUCCCUCGGCCAGAUUGCUUCCAUCAGCCAGAAGCAGCAACCAGCUUCAUGAGACAUUUAAUCCCAUAAAAUCAACAGGCCACUCUGAUGUCUCCGAUUUCUUUGAUUCAAGUGUUUUGGCGCAUAGUGCAAAUUCUAAAGCCGCCUCCAGAGCAAAAACUGCAGUAGAACCAGAAAGCCAUGCGAGCCAUGUUCCAAAAGAUGGUGGACAACUGUCUGUUCCCUUGUCCCGGGAUGAUACAAAUUAUGAAGACCUGUUCCAGCCUAGAAAGCCUGUAAAGGAGCCUAGUCCUUCCUCUUUCUUAGAGGAUGAAGAGGAUCUCUUCGCCACCAAUAAAAAAACAGUGAAGAGAAAAGAUCUAAAACCCACAUCUCAGUCCGGACAGGAUCCUCAAGUCCAAGAUAUUUUUGAGGGUGAUAUAUUUGCAUCAGAAGCUGUCAAACUACCUGUCAAAGCAAAACCAUUGUUGGAAGCAAAUCUCUUUGAUGACGAUGUUGACAUCUUUGCUGAUCUUGCUGUAAAACCAAAAGAAAAGAGUGCCAAAAAAAAGAUGGAAGCUAAAUCGAUAUUUGAUGAAGAUACAGAUGAUAUCUUCUCACCUAGUCAAUUCAAGACGACCCAGAAGACACAGUUACUUCAGAAAACUUCAGGAAUUAAAAGUGAAAUUAAAACAUCAAAUACUUUUGAUGAUCCACUGAAUGCAUUCGAAGGCCAAUGAAAAUAUGCAUAGUAUCAGUCUUAUCCUCCCCAGUAACUAUUUCCUUGCUUUCCAGUGAAAUGACCAAUAUGAUAAACUGUGAAUAUUCCUUAACUAUUUCCUUACUCACAUAUCUAAAUAUUUUCCUGCAUGGCACUUAAUCAAGCAAAAUAUUGUAUCUUUUAGGUCUCAUGUUCGUAAUGUUUCAUUUAUUGUAUACAAAAUAUAUUUUAUUAACAAGAACUAAAAAUAAGCAGAAACCAGUGAUAUUGGCAAAUCACAUUUGUGAAAUCAGUGUCAUAAUGUCUUCUUACUUUACUUCCUGCUCUGUGAUUUUGAAGUUCUAAAGAAAAAAGAAAACCAAAGAGCAAUCCUUUUUGUAGCUCAAAUUGUCAUUGGAUAAUUUGUGUUUGUUUUUGAUUGCAUAUCUUCUUUCUGAUUACUAAUAAACAGGAUCAGAAUAACAA